AUGGAUAUCACAGCAGCGUGGCAAGAAGUGGCGCGGUUCAAGGAGACGAGCAUCGCCACCUCCGCUCACUUAUACGGACAAGACCAGGAGAACGCGCUCGUGCACGAGUUCCUGGAAAAAGUCCCGAUUGCGACGCUAUUCGCGUGUCUACAGGACGCCAGCGAUCGUAGAUCUAGUAAAGAGGUCAAGCAGGCGUGUAAGUGCAUCAACCGCGUGCUGAGCUCUGGGACGGAUGGCUCGAGUCUCUUUUUCCAGCCGGAUAUCGUUCCUUUCGUGCUGGCUGGUCUGUCUCAUGUGGAGAAGGAGGCGAAAGAGCUCGUGAUGAAUCAGUUUAUUGCACACUUAGGCAAGAAGCCAACGCCACAUCAGUACAAAGUUGUGGCGGACCCUUUGAUUCUGGAGCGAGUGUGUAGUGGGAUUGGUGAUGAAGAUAUUGAGGUUGCUGCCAAGGCUUCGACUGUGCUAGAAACGUUUUCAAGCAUCCCCGAAAGCACGAUUUACCAGGCAGUACUGGACUCGCUCAAGAAAAAAGUGCAGAGCAGUGAGAUUACGGAGAACUCGAUCGAGUACAUGCGGUACCUUGAAACGAUCGUAAAGAUCUGCGCUCAAGAUGAUACCCACAUGGAGUGUGGCAUCGCGUUGGGUGCCAUUGAUUUGAUUCUGGACUGCUUAAAUUCGACCGAUCCUCUGUUCUUGAUGAACGUUGUUGAUUUGAUUCCGGCGGUUUGCCGAACCAAAAUUGGUGUCGAGUAUGUCUCCAAGUCAGGAACGCUAAAAAAUCUAUUGGAGAUGACACAAGACCCAUUCGUUGGAGGAAACGUGAUUCGACUUGUAGGUGAGAUCUCGGCUACUGCAGCCCGGUCCGACAUCGAGUCGUGGAGUUGGAGUGACGCUACCCUUUCUGAGGCUUUCUUGGAAACGGUGGAGCGCAAAAUGCAGAGCUCGGAUGCGCUGGACCAGAUUGCAGCGAUGGAUGCGCUUGCUGCGUUUGGAUCUGCAUCCGACAAAGAACUCCUCCUACUGCAUCAGCAUCAAAGAAUUUGUCAAAAGUGGCUGCACUUCAGCACCAGUACGAAGUUGCCCGUCAAAGCCAACUGUUUUCACUCCAUCGCACGUGUCCUCGGGGCACAAACGCGACUUACAAAGCAACCCGAUGAAGUGCCGAAGGAGGACGAAGAAGUCUGGAACAUGUGCGAGCGCUUGUUCAAUGGUCUUGUCACCGAGUGUGCGCAGCAGUCCACCAUGGUGCUACUGAUGAACACGUUGAAGCAGCCAUUCGAGGAGCUGCGAACAUCCGUGUUUCACGUGCUACGCUCGGUCGCAGCGCAGAACAAUUCAUGGGGCAUGCGGGUGCUGCUGUCAUACGGCGGUUUUUUCGAGUUCCUCCUGGAUCGCACGACCGAGGCGACAAAGGACACGCGCGAGUGGAAAUUUGCUGUGCUCGACGCCGUGCUUGCCUCGCCGUUCCAGUCGCAAUUGGACGAAUCGCUGCAAGAAAAGUUGAAGGCCAGUUUGCGUCAAGGUCCGUACGCCAAAGCGGCGGCUCUAGCUGAAAUGGCACUCGAGUCGGUGUAG